GUUAUCUCUCACCGGCCGUCCCUAGAAGUUGAGUUGAAUCAGCUUUAUCAUUGAGGAAAGUGGUAUUGCUGCAAUCGGAUAAUACUCGGCAUGAACUGCCUCUGCAUUUGGCUGUUACCCCCUACUGUCGGCACUACUGUGUAUAGGUGGUACCAUAAGCGGCCAUUUCACUAAAAUCUCUGACUACUUCAAUCAUCGUUCGCUGUUCCGUAUAUUGGUAAUUUCACAGAAUCUUACCCAGCAAGUGCGUUAUUCGCACAACUUCUCAACAUGUCCGCCUUUUUCUAUAUCCUUACAUUUUGUGCGGUCCAUCUACAAGUAGUCGAAUUCUAUGGUCACAGCCUACAUUGGAGAAAGGGAUGGUGGUAUAUAACGUCAUUAUUGGUACUGAUUGCUGGACUUGCCGGCGCAUUUGGCUUGACACUGGCUGCUAACUUUUGUUAUUCAGAAGGAGAUGGGAGUGUCCACCUCGUAGGAAGUGCUUUGGCAUUUGUUGGAAUGUUGCUUUACGGAUGGGGGCAUGUGAUUACCAGGUAAUCUUUUUUUACAAAGAUUCAAAUCUUUACGCGAAAAAUGUUCGAAGCUCAAUAAUUGAAGCAGAAUCCUAAUAAUUCAUAAUUAAUGCAGUUUUUGGGGUUCAGCUUUGGCUAUAAUUUUUCCUGAAACAGUCUUGCAUAAAGCAAGAAAAACCAUUGCAAAAAAGAAACCUCUGAUUACACCAUACUUUUGUAUGAUUGUCCAGUACAAUAAAGAUAC